AGAGAGAGAGAGAGAGAGAGAGAGAGAGAGAGAGAAUAUAUAAAUUAAUUUUGUCUUGAGCUUUAUAGAAAAAACAAAACGGGAAUUUAUGGUUUGAGAUAUAGAGAGGUCCGGGUGAGUAAUAGGCUUUGUUGAGUGCGGAAAUAGGAGGGUCAAAAUAGUCAGUAAUGAAGGACGAGUAAAAGAAGGAAGGGAGAAGGAGAAGGAGAGGGAAAGGGAGUGGCGCUGAGUUGGAGAAAAGGGGAAGUAACAUGUAAAAAGGGGGAAGGAGUUGAUAUUCUCUUUGUGGCGAAUGUGUGAGUAAUGGACAGUAAGGUGAGUAGGAGGGAAGGAUACGCGUUCAGUUGAUAAUAUGGAAAAGAUUAUCGGAAAAGGUAUCGAAUAAAAUGUAUGAGGAUCGCAGACUGCUUAAAUACAGUAGAUGGGAUAGAAAAGAAAGCCGAAGGGCUGUAGCGGAGACAACAAACAAUGAAGGAGUUCUGACUGCCCAUAGGGGAGGGUUUGCUAGGGGAGCGAUCGGCGGUGAAUUUUCCCCAUGUGUCAGACCUGAAAUGCUUGGCGUCUUAUCUUUCUCUUGUUGCAAAUUGUCCUGGUUAAGUUAAUUAUCUCGUUUUUCCUGUUGUGGUUUGCUUAUAGCGUAGGGAGCUAUAAUUUCUAUGAAUUUAUUUAAAUUGUGUGCGGGUGUCUAGCGAUGUAACAUAAGGAUGUGGUAAUUUUUGGCUUGUUAAUUGAUAAAAAAAACAAAAAACAUACAUCAGACAUUUAGUUACACAGGGACCUAUAUGCGUUAUUGUUGCUUAGUUAUGUUGUAUUAACAGUACUCUUCGCUCAGUUAAAGUAGGAGCUACUUUUGUUCUUCAAUUCUGUUAGGCAACUCCAGAUGGCUUUAUGGCAUCAUGGUCAAUGUUGAAGCUCUUGGGUAAAGCAGCUAGUCAACUGAUGGUGUGUCUGAGGUAUUCACUGUUAGGAUUACCAAGGGAACUAUCUGGUCCACGUGUUUAGGAUUUUUAGAGUCCCGAGUCAAAAGUCUCUAGGGGAAAGCAGUAGUUCUUACAGUGGCAAGGGGCGAAUGUCCUUUGAGGCGUAUGCUCGAUCAUCAGAGAACGACGAAAGAAUGAGGAAAACCCGGUUCGACAGUACAAAAGCAUCCCGCAAACAGGUAAGCAACGUUUCUAAGCUGGCAAAUGUUUUCGAGUGUCUGCACUUCUUGGCAACGUUUGUGGCACCAGGGGGGCGUGGCUGACGGGUUACAGCCCCUCCCGGAUGCCCGCCGUCCACAGCCACCUCUCGCUCCCGGAUACCUGGCCGCUGGUGCUACUAUAUCUUGGGCAACGCUCAGGUACGACCACAGUCCCGCUCCACCUGCAGUCUCGCUACCACGUCUCUGGUGUGUGUGUAUGUGUGUGUGUUGAAGUGCCCGCGUAUUGUGUGGUCACAGUGGAACGAGUGCCACAGCAGUUUCCGGGAGAAACGUCUUUUGGAGUGCCACGUCGCCGCAGGUGUGUCGAUUGCGACGACGACCGCUGACGAGGAACGGUGCCUUUUGAUUUUGAAUAUCUUGAUAAGCCGCAUACUGGACUUAAGAUGCAGAUAGUGGGUGUCGCUUGGUGCGUUGUAUGUAUGUGUGUGAGCGUGUGAGUGUGGGGUGCGUGUUAUAGCACAUGGGGGCGGGUGGCCACGCAGAGCGUAGGUGGACGUAGUCGUGUGUACGCCGCUUUGCCCCUCCCGCUCGUUCAUUCAUGCGCCACUACCUAACGCGGCGACUCCUCGUGUCUCCUCUCCCUUCUCAACGCCACCUUCCUCCCAUCCCUCAGUGCUCAAGCAUGCUGGCACGUGUGGAAAGCCAAUAGUGUGAAUUCGACGCGAAUGUUUCUCUUUGACGAACUGUGAUAAGUGUUCCUCCAAGCCUUUUUAAGCAAGUUACAACUCUAGAUGUAUAAAAUAUAUAUUUCGAUGCUUUGGAACCGCUAGAGAACUUUUGUACAAGGCUGGCUUCGAAUCGCUUGGUGGGAGUGGAAAACUGAAUGUUGAGCAUAGUAGAAAACGUUACUGGCAGCCAUGUCAAGCAUGUGUUGGACACUUCUUUAGUUUUUUGUUAGUGCAUCGUAUGUUCUGCGAGGUACGCGCUGUUGCCCCCACGUAACCUUCCCUGGCCAGUAGUGUUGCGUCCGAACUAGGGGAGUGGAACCGGCGGUGUGAGCACCUCCCUGGGGUCGGACACCCGGGCCAUGCAGGACGUACGACACGCGACUGUGGGGGAAACAGACACCGUCGGCAGUGUAAGUGGCCCAGCGGAACCCGCAAGUGAAGUUGAGGGCGGGGGACACCUACCUCCCCCGCCCUCGAUCAAGGACCUGCCGCCGCCCACAAAGGGAACUGUAGAGCCACCUGAGGCACCGGUCCAGGGAGCCAAGAUGCCCGCGAGUCCGCUCAUACCACCGCCGCCUCCGGACCCGACUCUGGGCGAUGUCUCCCGCGAGUCUCAUACUCCAGCUAAAUAUCCCGCGGUUGACCCGGCAGGUCAGCCUCAUGGCAAAAAGAAUGGCUCUGCGGGGCAGCCAGUUACGGCAGUACAAGAGACGGUAACCUCAGAAAACCCUCACUCGAACCCCAACCCCAGCCCUAAUCCAAAUCCUAAGCCGAACCCAAACCCUAACCCUGGGCACCACAGGCCUGUUGCAGGACUCCAGCAACAGCCUUAUCGAGUCCAAAGCCCGGCUCAAGCCGGAGGUCCAGCCCCAGGGCAAGCUCAUGCCCAUGCCUCGUCCCCUGUAGGGCAGCAGAUUCCUUUACAAGGACCACCGCUUCCUCGCCAUGGCCUGCCGAUGAUGCCCCCUCGCCCAGGUCCUCCAAUGGCUCAACUUCCUCGCCAUGGGUCACCGCUGGUACACACGCCGCAUCACGUACCCCCCAUGGGAUUGCCGUCCCACCACAGGCCUCCAAUGGGCCAGCCGCCCCCACCGUCUCCCGUGUUACGGGCCCAUCCGUUUGCCGAACCCGCAGCAAGGCCGCCCCGCUUUCAGGAGCCCGUCGUUCGACAGCCGGGCUACCAGGUGCCAAGACCUGGUGGCUCUUCUUACCGCGGUGAGGCACAGAUUCUCUACCAGGAGGAAGUGCCACCCCAGUAUCAUGAAGAGAGGCUCUCUUACGUCGAGGAGGGGGCGGCCUUCCAGGGAGAAGGGAUGUAUGGGGAGAAGGGCGCGGUUUACGUCGAGGAGGGAGGGUCGCUCACGGAAGAGAGUCCGACGCAGGUCCCAGGCCAGGCGCGACACCCCCGUCGCCAGACAUCAACUUUGCGUAUAUCCAAAUGGGUGAACCCUAUCCCCGAUGACCCCGAGGACGGUAAGUGUUGCCCAGUGUUAGUUUGCUUUGUUUAAGACCCAUUUCGCCUGACCCUUUCAGUUACAGAUUUUCGCGGCACUUAUAUUUCCCCUUGGUCAUAGGUUGAAAAUUGAAUUGUGAAAAGUGUCAGUAAGCGUUUUUCGAACGAAGCUUCAUCGUGGUGUUUUGCUCUGCAGUUAUUAUGGCAGACCGUACUGACAUUGAUACCCUUAACAGUGAUCGGUAGUUAGUCAUAGAUUAGGGCACUUCCUGGACAGAUGCAUAAGGACUUAGAGACGUCGUUUUCUUCUUAUAAUAGGUGAAUGAACCUUUGUAGAAAAGCAGAUGCGUACAAAGUGUAUGGCGAUUGCAGAUGCAAUUGUGCUAUAAACAUAUGUGAUUGGAGAACCAGGAAAACGGCUGUGUAUAACAUGUUUGAUGGUCUUUGAAAUAAUAUAGUAAAAUUAUGAAUUUUUAUGUUAACUCAAAUAUGCAUAUCACAUAUUGUGUAUACGUACUGGUGCAAAUGAACAUGCUUCCUGGACACUCGCACAAACAAAAUAUGGUAAAUCCGUCGAUUUUUAUAGAUUUAGAAGAUCUCAUGAUGGCAGGUAAGAACAUGCUCUCCUCUGUCAAGGGAUCUGCUGUUGGGUCUUAAUGAGAAUACAUUAUCAGAGUAGAUUACUAGGACAUUGCAGGGCUUGGGCAAACGUUUUUAGAAAUAUUCCUCUUUAGAUCGUGUUAAUAGAUGAUGUAAUUAUUGUUAUAAGUUUUCCUAAAGAGGACACCCGUAUUAUCGACACAUUUUGAGUGGCAGGGGAAUUAGCUGUUUUGUCGUAGUUACAAGGAUUACGGUGAUUGAAAAAAAAAUAUUAAAAGAUUUAGAAUAGGUAACGGAGUUUCGCGCAUUUUUUAAGCUUGACUGGAGCCUCAUGUUAGCUCGAGCGUAAAAAUUGUGCUAACAUCUGCCUUUGUUAAUUUCAUAAAUAUGUGGAUUUUAAGCGAACGUAUAGAUCAUAAUUAUUGCAAUUUUGUGGGUGUUUUAUGUAUUGCUUCCGAUGUAGCUUAGGGAACCGACUGAUAAGUGGUUAAAUCUGUGUAAGGCGUGCUGAUGGUGGUUGUGAUGAGUGAGCGUAUGGUUUCGUUUCUAUGGCAUUUGUGGCGAAGAUGUGCUGCAGAAGAAUCGAUGGCAAAGCACCCGCCGAGAUGCACUUGUGGCGGUUGCAGUGUCAUGGCAACAGGCAUCCUCGGCCCACAGAUUAAAUUAGUGUUGCAGAUGUUUAUAUAUGUGCCCGAUGAUUAAGUGUUGCGAUCGUAUAUUUGUUUUGUUACUCGUUAAUGUUGCGGUUGAAUGAUUGCUAUGGUUACAAGUCUCAGCUUUGCAGGUGCAUUCCCUCUUCAAUAUAAUGUAGAUUUGUCUUAAGAGAUGCAUAUAUAGUUAUUGAUUGUUGUCAUAAUUCAUUACGGUAUUCAUAUACGUGUGUAUAAGCUUAUUGAAAACAUGUUCAGGUGAGAAAUAUCGAGACCAGGGAGGGUGAUCGGGAGACGUGAGCUGGAGUGGAUAGGUGCAGAGUGGUAGCGCUAUGAAUGAGGCUGAGCAGUGUACUGUCAGCGCCGGACGCACGCACUUACAAACUCCAGCGACUCCUGGCACUACACGUCGGAGGACAUGCGCGCUUGUGCCUGCAUCGCCGUGGCGCCCUCCCGCCACGCUCCAUGCACGGACAUUCAAUAAGGAGAAAAAAUAUGAAGGAAAAUAGAAGUUAUUGCAACUUUCCUGGACUUAACUAAUUAGCGCACGACGUAGGUGUUUGUCGAGACGGUUUCUUUUUAUCUAAUUUUCCUUUAACGGAAAUAACCUUUCGUGGAUUGCGAAGUUGCUGUGCGUGUGUAGAUGAGCUUGUGGAGGCAAU